AUGAAUGGUAGACUUCUUCAAGCAGAGGUUGCUUUAACUGCCCAGUCCAACAAAGACACAAGAAACGAAGUGCCAUUCCCUUCAAAUCCGAUGACUUCGCUGGUUGACGAACGACUACUACCCAUAUCACUCUCUCCGAUUGCUCCUCCCCAAAGUCUCGAUUCCCUCAACUCGCCCUCGUUGAGUAACAACUUUUGUGUUGACCAGUCUGAAUCUGCCCGGUUGUUUGGAUCACCGAUACAUCCUUCCUUCUCAACUAUUACCGGCACGCUCCUCCCUUCUAUGGGAGCGAAAGACUGGGAACAUCUUUCGUCUAAUAAUCAUUUUGAGAGCGCUAUUUCCGUACACACCUUUAAUGUACCUGAUACUUUUGCGGGCUUUGGCCAGCCGGCAGCCACCUCUAGUGACCCACGAGCCGAUCCCGAUCAAUUUACUAUCGCUCGUGAUUUGGGUCAAGGUAGUCCGAAUAGCACCUCAGAUAUAUCAGCAGAGGUCAUCUCGAGUUUACAAUACCGCUACUUUGAUACUGUGCAUAUCGCAUACCCGAUGAUGGACAAGUGGCGCUUCUUAGAGAAAAUCAGUAUGAACCAAAUUAGCCCCGAGCUGACCUUUCUACAAUAUGCUAUGUGUGCCCAUGCGGCAGACCUUACUCGAGAUCACGGCCAGGUCGCAAAUACAUGCUACCAACACGCACGCAAGUGUUUGCACCAGAUCCAAGAGGAUGGGCUAAAAAGUACUUUGCACGGACUUCCCGUCUUGCAGGCCUGUAUUCUUGUAGCUCUUUAUGAGGUCAAGCAAUUAAAUUGCCACCGUGCAGUUUCCAGCAUCGGACUCGUCACUUGGCUUGUGAGGCAGUUAUGGCUGCAUGUCAUUGAUCGUAACCCAAAUAGCCGUCCGCCCUUGCGGUGUCGCAGUCGUCUCAGUCCCACUAGCGACAACGUUGAGCUGGAAGAGAGAAGGCGAACGUUCUGGGUCGCGUACAAUGUCGAGGCUUUUGCAAGUGUAAUAUAUACCUUGUGUGUCUCUUCAGACCAUUCAGAGAUCCAAACCCAUCUACCGUACUUAAACCCCCUCAGCGAUGCGACAAUACUACUCUCUGGCCAGCCUUUGAGCCUAAUGGAUCCCCCCAAGCUUGUCGAGGAUGUAUCGACUUCUUCCUUCAAUGCACUCAUCCUUUCUACCACCCUCGCCGCACUUUGCCUGCGACAUGAUGGCAAAUCACAGCGACAAGACUCUUCUGACGCCUCGUUCGGCUACACCUUCUGGUCUGAGCACUUCCGCAUUGACGAGAUAAUCAGGAAUAUCUCAGAUCAUACACUCAGCCAGCUAAACGAGCCUCGAUAUGCAGUCGAUGCCAAUGCAUUCUUUGCCCUUAUCACCCUCAAAACAACCACCAUUCUCCUGCACCAGAGUGCCCUACAAUAUUCCCAAAAGAGUAGACUCAUGGAGAAGUGCGUAUUGGAAAGUCCCAGAAAAUGCUUGAAGGCCGCUUUCGAGAUCGCCGAUGCUGUACGACAAGCACACAACUUUAACCCAGCCAAGAUGAACCCAUUCAUCGCUUGGCCCAUCUUCACUGCAGCCCAGAUUUUUGUUCGCGCUCUUCAACCAUCAAAUCCACUCUCCAAUGUAGGCAGCUUCGGACCGCAAGCUCCGUCCUCGGGAGGCUCUUCUACCCCUCCAGUAGCCGCCCCAUCUUCUUCGUCUAGUGGGAAUAACACUUCACCAAGAAACAUUGGCGCCUUGAUGGACUCGCUACAAGUCCUUAUGGUUUCGCUUUCCAGUAUGAAGCUCCACGGGGGCUUGGCAGCGACAUGCCUGGCGCACCUCAAUCAUGAGAUAAAUGGUGGUGAAGAUGUCACGAACGAGAGUCCUGUCGGGAAUAUAGAUUUCGAGUCUGCACUUCCGGAAGUAAUGAGGAGUCCACGGUCAUGA